AUGGUGAACACCAGGCGUGGCGACAACAACAAUGACAAUGUCAAUGACAACACCACCAACCAGCGCGAUCUUCCACCCUUGCCACCUCUGAUGGAUGCCAAUCAAGUGAUGACCAUUCUCCAAGGCUUGGUUCAGGCUAUCAACCAGCAACCCCAAGUUCAGCAAGCACCGCCGCAGCAGCCACAGUCCAGACUCAAAACUUUCUUGAGCACUCAGCCAGCCACCUUCUCACAGGAAAUUGGGCCCAUGGAGGCUGAUGACUGGCUGAAGACCAUAGAGAGCAAGCUGCAGAUAGCUCAGUGCACUGGAAGGGAGAAAGUUCUUUGCGCACCUCAUCAGCUGAUUGGUCCAGCUCAAGAAUGGUGGAUAGCUUACACUAUCGCCCACGAGGAUCCCCAGGAGAUCACUUGGGCAGACUUCCGCAACAGCUUCCAUGCACACCAUGUCCCCGCAGGUGAAGUGAAGCUGAAGAGGAAGGAGCAAGGACCCAUGUCAGUAAGGGAAUAUCUCACCAAGUUCACCUAG